AUGGACGACGCCGCAGGAGAGGAAGAAGCUUCCAUGUUCGAGACCAGCCAUGUCCUGGGCGCGCUGCUGGCCUCCUCACCGCUGCUGGCGCGCGCCUGGGACCGCUGCACGGCCGCCACCGCCGCGGCGCCCGGGUUCGUCGUGCACGGCGAGGAAGACGGCGGCAAGGUGUACGUGGGGUUCUCCGGGGUGCAGGCCGCGCUGUCGGCGGCAGGCGCGGCGGUGGCCGGCGGCGGCGGCGGCGCAGACGUCUUCGCGCCGGUGGGGCUCGGCGGCGGCAGGGACGCGGCGGCGGGGCGGAUGUUCGCACCGCUGGUCGCCGCCGAGCCUGACCUGAAGGCUGCCGCGGGGGAGCCGGUUGCUGUGCAGGCGCUGGCGCUGCAGUGCUUCUUGAAACUCUGCAGCUCUCCUGAUUUCCAGAUGCUACUGAAUGAGAUCAGGGGCAAGGCAGUCGUGUUCACGGGCCACUCCCUCGGUGGCGCCAUUGCGGCCCUCGCGGCGCUACACUACCUCUGCAUCUCAUCGUCAAGCUCGCCAUGGGCACCUGUUCCUCCUGUCCUGUGCGUCACCUUUGGAAGCCCAUUACUAGGCAACGAGGCGCUGUCCAGGGCCAUCCUGCGUGAGCGCUGGGGUGGUAACUUCUGCCACGUAGUUUCACAGCACGACGUCGUCCCAAGGCUCCUCUUCUGCCCGCCGGACGCCGUCCCCACGCACAUCAUUGUCGGAAUGCAACUGCAUCAAUGGCCGACACGGACUCACCAAACAGGCGCGGUGACCACGGUCACCAUGCACAUGGCGGACACUGACAAGGACGCGCUCCGGCAGCUGAUACAGUUGCACGUUGGCGCUGUGGCCAUGGAGCAGAAGCUUGCCGCUCCAGAGACGACAGGCAGGAGCCCGUACCGGCCGUUUGAGUCCCCGGAGGCAGCGCACUCCUGCUACGGCGAGCUCGUUUUGAAAAUGCCACAGCAUUUGCUCCUUAAGAGACGCCUGCGUGUGGGCGACACGCCGGCCACGCCCAACUACGACGACGGUGUCUCCCUCGCGUUGGAGGCCUCCGGCAUCGACGCCAUGGCCAUGGAGGCGUCAACGGCGCGGCAGUGGCUGAAGACAUCGAAGCGGGCAGGGCGGCGGCCGAGCCUGAACUGCGCUCGCCUGGCAACGCAGCUAGGCCGGAUCACGCCGUGCCGUGCGCAGAUCGAAUGGUACAAGGCGCUGUUCGACGCUGAGAUGGGGUACUACGACGCGUUCAAGCAGCGGCGGUCGCCCAGGAAGUACUCAAGGUGA